AUGCUUCCUGCUCAGCGCCACCCAAGUCGUCUCCUUCGAUUCUGCGAGCGAAAUGCAACACCACGCCAGCAACGACUCAUGGCUGGUACCCUGGGAAGUCCUGAUCGAUUCAUUCCUGCCCGCACUGCAACCCCUAACAAGGAUGCAUUGCUCUUGCGCAGACCAGUGAAGAGACGAAUUGACCCACGACAACGUCUAUCUGCUGUCAAUGGACUUCCAGAUCCGUUUGGGCCCAGCCCCAGUCGCAGCGCGAGGAUGUCUGAUCGGUAUACCACAAUUCGAACACCUUCUGCCCCUCAAAGACCCGUCAGCCUCUCAGGCACUGCUGUACCCGAUGCCGUCUCGCCAAAUCGCCGAGCUGUGAGCAGUGGUGCCAUCUGGACUGUUGGCGGCACCACGGUGACAGAAGGCAUUGCCAGUGUUACGAAUGGCCGCGGUGGCAGGGUCACCAGUGGAACUAGCGCGCCGCACUACACCGCGAACUUCUUACGCCGUCAGUCACCAAGCGAAGAUGAGAUACAACACGGUCUACGACUCGCGGCCGCCAUGGAAGUGCAGCCCGGCGCAAGGAUGAUCAACCACAGCUCACCUCACUCUACACCAUCACCUACUUCUCCACGUCGUAGCUCCUGCAGUAAUAUUCGACGAAAACGGACCGUUUGGAAUAACAACGCUUGGGAGAAGUCAUCUCCGUCGACACCAUCGAAGCCGCCUAAGAAAAAGACCAAAGACAUACCUGUGAUACCCUUUCGAGUCCUGGAUGCGCCUGCUCUUCGCGACGACUACUACUGCUCUCUUCUCGCCUACUCCCCAACAGCCCAGUGCCUUGCAGUGGGUCUUGGACCUCAUGUCUACCUGUGGUCUGAAGCUCGCGGCACAACUCCUACUCAUAUACCCGACUCUUUGACCGCACCAUUCGGUGCACAUGUGACAUCGGUGUCGUUCAGCUCGGUGCAAGGUGGGAAGUCGAUACUCGCUAUCGGCCGUGCUAAUGGCCGCAUCACGCUCUGGAGUCCUCAGGAUCGAGAUCCUCGUUUCGACAGCGAGCAGCCUGCGCCUGUGUCUUGUGUGAGCUUUCGGCCAACGACUGUCGAGAGACCUUCAGUGAGGGAGCCUUCCAUGACCGUGACCACCGAAGAGUUACUGGUUGGAGAUGAAGUGGGCAAUGUGUACUACUAUUCCAUCGAAUGGCCUUCUCCAGACGAUCGAGAUUUGUUCGACUGGCAUGGUAGCAUGACCCUGCUCGCCAGAAUGAGCUGCCACACGCAACAGAUCUGCGGUAUUACGUGGAGCAAGGAUGGUGAUCUCUUCGCGACUGGCGGCAACGACAAUCAAUUGCUGCUCUUCGAAACCAAGAAGCUGUUCGCCAAAGGCCGGAAUGACAGCACCCAUCAGCCAAGCACAGUCAGGGUGAGGAAUGGAAGUUCCCAGGGUUCACACAACGUCGCUGGUCAGGGCGGAGUCCUGGCCAUCACACCAGGUCAACACAAGCACCUAUUCACACUCAACGCAGCCGUCAAAGCCAUCGCUUUUGCGUCCUGGCAAUCCAGCCUCCUCGCCGCCGGCGGAGGAAGCAAUGACCGAUGCAUCCACUUCUUCCACGCAUUGUCUGGAGCCACCUUAGCCACAAUCGACUGCCACGCCCAAGUAACCUCCCUAGUCUGGAGCUCGAAGCGCAAAGAAAUCGCCGCCACCUUCGGCUUCGCCCAACCAGACCACCCCUACCGCGUCGCCGUCUUCUCCUGGCCCAGCUGUCAGCGCGUCGUUGGCAUCCCCUGGUGGAGCGAGGAACGAGCCUUGUACGGCGUCGCGUACCCCGGUGGUCCGAGCGGUGGCCCUACUGCAGUCCACGAUCGCCGACGACAGCAGGUCGACGCUGAGGGACGGCCUUGGCAUGGACGCAGGACGAGGGAUGAGGGAUGUCUGGUUAUUGCGACGAGUAAUGCUUCGAUCAAGUUUCACGAGAUUUGGCCUGAGAAGAUUGAGAAGAGGGGGAGAGAUGGUCUUAGCAGUGGAAGGGGGUUGCUGGGUGGGAGUGUGAUUCUGGAAGAUGGGGUUUCUUUUGAGAUGGAGAUGGAGGGGGCGAUUCGUUGA